AUGGAUACUGAUUCUUAUAUUAAUCAAGCUCAACGUCAUUAUAAUGAUGGGAAUCAUGAAGAAGCUGUUGCUUCGUUAACUGCUGCUGCUUCUUCAAAUCCAGAUCAGAAGCAGAUGUCUGCCAUUGAAAGUAUGAUUCGUGAUAUUGGUCAGCACGUUAGGGGUAAUGCAGACGAUUCUCAGAACCAACGUGGCGUUGGUGAUGCAUUUUUAAGUACAAUGAUGAGUAGUAGUAAUGGUUCAAGUAAGACUCAGAUGGGUAAAUUGGCAUUAUUAGCAACUGUUUUCUCUUCUAGUAAUUCAAAAAAUAACUCUAAUGGUUUUAAUUUAGGUUCUGUUGCUUCUUUGUUCAAUAGUGGUUCUUAUGGCACUUCUAAUAAUCAUCAAAAUCAGAUGAGCAGUAAUGGUUUAGCUUCAUUGGCCUCACAAUUUUUUGGUUCUGGUAACAAUAAUAAUAAAUAUAAUAAUUCUAAUAAUAAUUAUCAAAAUCAACAGAAUAAUCAAAAUUCUGGUGGUUAUGGAUCAUUUUCUGCUCUUUCUAGCAUGGCUUCUUCGUUCAUGGGGAACCAUGGUAACUCUAAUCAGAAUAUGAAUCAUAAUAAUAACUAUGCUUCUAAUCAAUAUAACAACUCACAUGGUAAUCAACAGCAAAGUUAUAAUCAACACUCUAAUUAUAAUAAUAGUUCCAACAAUUAUCAAGAUAACAACUACAAUAAUAAUUAUCAAAAUAAUAAUAAUCAGAAUAAUAACUACAAUAAUAACUACAAUAAUGAUUACAAUAAUAACUACAAUAAUAAUAACUACAAUAAUAAUCACAAUAAUAACUACCAAAAACCACCAAAGAAUCAGGAGGAAGGAAUGUUUAGCAAAUUGUCGUCAAUGGCAUCCUCAUAUAUGGAGGACAGCAAUUCCCAUGGUAAUAACAACCACGGGAAUAGUAACAUGAACCAAGGUUACAACAAUAAUAAUUACAAUCAAAACUAUUCAAACUCAAACAAUACCAAGAAAGAAAGUGGAUAUAUGGAUAUGCUUUCGUCUGCUGCAAGCAGCUAUAUGAAUAGCUCUCAAAAUAACAAUCAGCAGUAUAAUGGAUCUAAUAGUUCUCAAGGGAAAUUCAGUACCUUAUCUAACAUGGCUUCAUCAUAUUUCGAAGGAGGGAAGCAUCAAUCACAAGCUAAUAAUCAAAAUAGUUACAAUCAAGGCAAUAAUAACGGAGGCAACUUUAAUUUUGCAGGAAAUUUUGUUCAAAGACCAAAUUAA